AUGCUGGCUGAGGUGAAGAAUUUGCAAAACAACGACUCCAAAUCCAUCACUCUUUGGCUUAACAAAACCAAGGGUACUCUGCCUCAUGAAGAAGAUGAAUUAGCCAAGGCAAUACAAAAGAAGAUUGCGAGGAAGAACAUGGCAGAAAGCAAACCAGCUAAAAAUGCCACUCCCAACAAGACUUGCAUAUGUUCUCCGACCAACCACGCAGGGUCGUUUAGGUGCCACUUCCAUCGGAUCAGCGUUGCGUGGUCGGUAGAAGACAGUCGUAGCAGAUCAAAGCUGCAAUGCAAAGCAAACUUCAAUGCCAAUGCCAAGAAUGGUCUUCAUGAUGUGGUUGAGAAACAGCCGAAGCGAUCGAGAUUCGGAAGGGCUGCCUCUGCAAGAAGUUGCCGUGAAAACCUUCCUUUCACAAUGGCUGAGCAAGUUAAUUGA